AUUUCUCCCACCUCUCCUCUGUUCAGACUCUGUCAGGUUGGUGAAUGGUACCAGUCUGUGUUCAGGCGGACUGGAGGUGAAAACCUCCCAGUUCAACCAGAUCUGGUCUACAGUCUGUGAAGCUGUCCUUGACCAGCAGGAUGCAGAGGUGGUCUGCAGGGAGAUUGGCUGUGGACCUCCUUCAGUCCUGCAGGGGGCGCUCUAUGGAGAAGUGGAAGCUCCAACAUGGACAGCAGAGUUCCAGUGUGGAGGAACUGAAUCCUCCCUCCUGGACUGUAGAAGAUCAGGCUCUGUUAGAAACACCUGCUCACCUAACAAAGCCGUCAGACUAACCUGCUCAGAACCCAUCAGGUUGGUGGGAGGAGCCAGUCACUGUGAAGGAACACUGGAGCUGAAGCUCAGAACAUGGAGACCAGUGAGCGCCUCAGGUUGGACCAUGCAGGAAGCAGCUGCAGCCUGCAGAGAGUUGGACUGUGGUUCAGUCGUUUCCAUGGGAACCAGGAAUAACUCUUCAGUUAGACAAGUUUGGGAAAUUCAGCUCAGCUGUUUGAAAUCUGGAUAUCCACUAAGGCAGUGUGCAUCACCAUCAUUAUUGUCUUCAUCAUCUCAGUCUGGUACUAUUCUGGAGCUUGUGUGCACAGACCUGCUGGUUCAGCCAAUCAUUUCGGUGUCCUCCAGUGACGGGGUCACAGGCGUCCUGCAGUCGAGCUCAGCAGGAGUGUUUCAGGGCUCCAGCUUCACCAUCAGCUGCUCCAUCCAGCCACAGUAUCCAGGAGGCUCCUUCCAGCUCUCCUUCAACUCUUCCAACACAACACACAGCUACACCCAGCCAGCCAGCAAUCACUCUGCACACUUCCUGUUUCCUGCUGCAGAGCCCGCCCACAGAGGAAUCUACAGCUGUGUUUAUGACGUCCAUGUUUUCUCUCAUAACUUCUCCUCCCAGAGCCGUGUGCUGACUCUGAGAGUCUCAGAUCCAACAGUUUUCAUCAUCAGACUGGUGGUCCUGCUGCUGAGUCUGCUGAUCUUCAUCUCUGUGAUUUACUGCAGCCAUAAGACCACCAGGGGGCAGCAGACUGUCGCACAGAAGAACUUAGAUGUUGGAGGAGAUGAAGUGAGAGAGGUGAUGGAAGAACAGGAGGAGGCAGCUCUGUAGCGACACCAUGUGGUGGAAAAUGUGUACUGGAGGAAUCAACUGCUUAGACCUGCUGAAACAUUCCUGCUGUUACUUUGAUGUUCAAUGUCUUUUUUUCUUUAUUGGUUCUGUUUUUCCAGAUUAUUGUCUUUCAUUUUCUUAUUAAUGACUUUUAAUAUAAUCCUUAUAAUAUGGUUUCAGACUAUUUAGAUUUAUGUAAAUCUCAGAUUAUCCAAAGACUUUAUGAUUAGCAGUGUAGCUGUGAGUUUGCUUUUGUGUUAUGUGAUAAGAACAUUCAGUCAGAAUGAUGAUGAGUAUGGAGCUAUGUUGGGGUCAUAGAUUGCUCAAAAGAAAUCGAAAAUUGAAACUGAAAAAAAAAAUGAAACUGGAAAAAAAUUAAACUUGAUCUGAAAAAGUA